ACCCCACGCCUUUUUCAUUUUCAUCCAUUCCAUUCUUCUCUCUGGUCUUCGUCUUCUUCUCUCCUAGGGUUAGGGUUUUCUCUGUCCUUUUCGUCUCAGCUUUUGCUUUUUCACUCUCUGAGCUUCAAUGGCACAGCAAGACGUCCAGAACGGAGAAGGAGAGAAGGUUGCGCCAGCUGUUGAGAUCAAGGCUGUGCUGACUCAGCUGGUGGUUCCCAAGGCCGACGACGCUGUUAAGUUCUACAAGGCUGCUUUCGGUGCUGUGGAGCUCGAGCGCUCAACUCACCCCAAGCGUAAGGCGGAGCAAGAGCGCCCGUUUAUCCUCUCUGCUCAGCUCAAACUCGGCUCCUCCACAUUUCUCGUCUCUGACAACACUGAAGACUCCGGCGAGCCCGUGAAUGUUGUGGGUUCUGGUGCCAUUGCUCUCUGGCUUGAGACGCCUGACAUCGGAGCUGCUGUAGCCAAGGCGGUGCUGGCCGGAGCUGUCUCUGAGGGAGAGAUAACAACUGGCGUUUUCUCUGACCCGGAGCAGCCUGUGGGGAAGGUCAGGGACCCUUUCGGCUUUCUCUGGUUCUUCACCAGCCCGGUUGCCAAGAAGGCCGCAGCUGAGUCGGAAGCUCCCAUAACCGUCUGAUCUGAUCUGAAGUUGACCCAAUCUCAUGAAGAUCCACGGUUCUGGUGUAAUCUUUUGGUUUUUUGUUUGGUUUAAUCAAGUUGUGGGACCCUUUUAUCUGGAGAAAUGUGGACCCUUUAGCUGUUAGGUUUAGGCUGAUCCUAGGCGUAGCGUAGCUUGCCUUCAAUAUUUUGAACAAUUAAUCAUGGUCUCGGGUUAUUUUGAACAAAGGAAAUAUGAUAUGAUCAGUAUUAUCUUAUGACUUCUAA